AUGGCAUUUCUUAAGGGACUGUUUGUUUAUGCUAUAUUACUUGCUGUGUUUCUUAGUGGAGUAACUUGCAUUGAGAUAUAUCAUGAAUGGAUUGUUUCAAUUGAUACAACUAUCAAUCCUUUGUCAUCUCCUCAGUCUGUUAUCACUAUAAAUGGGAUGUUCCCUGGACCACUGAUCAAUGCGACGACUAAUGAUGUUGUAAAUGUGAAUGUCUUCAAUAACAUGGAUGAAUCCUUACUUAUAACAUGGAAUGGCAUCCAACAGAGGCUAAAUUCAUGGCAAGAUGGAGUUUCUGGCACUAAUUGUGCAAUUGAACCUGGAACAAACUGGACAUAUGUGUUUCAGGCUAAGGACCAAAUUGGAACUUUCACCUACUUCCCUUCAAUCAACUUUCAUAAGGUUGCUGGAGGAUAUGGACCAAUUCGAGUCAAUAAUCGCAACGUCAUAGCUGUCCCAUUCCUAAAACCAGAAGCUGAGUUUGAUAUCCUGAUUGGCGACUGGUUUAGUACUGAUUACAAGUCUCUUAGGUCCUCUGUACAAGACAGGGAAUCUAGCCAGCUCUUCGAUGUCCCUGAUGCAAUCCUGAUGAAUGGUAAAGGACCUUAUGCACUCGCAAUUUCUAAAGGACAUGAGUCUUUUACUGUAACAAAAGGUAAAACAGAACAAAAGUUUAUCUUGUUCUGA